AUGGCUGGUGGAUUGUUCAGCAUCGAUCGCAAUUUCUUCUCACGGUUGGGUGAAUACGAUCCGGGCAUGGAGGUAUGGGGUGGUGAGAACUUGGAAUUGUCUUUCAAGACUUGGAUGUGCGGCGGGACUCUGGAAACCGUUGUUUGCUCUCAUGUUGGUCACUUGUUUCGCGCACGUUCCCCGUACAAAUGGGUAUCCAAUUUCACGAAUCCUUUGCGCCGAAAUUCCGUUCGUUUGGCUGAGGUCUGGAUGGACGAAUAUAAAUCCUACUAUUACGAAUUGAUCAAUCACGACCUGGGUAACUAUGGUGAUCUUUCCGAACGAAAAGCUAUCCGCGAACGUCUUCGUUGUCAAAACUUCCAGUGGUAUUUGGAUACUGUUUAUCCGGAACUGUUUCUUCCAUCCAGAGCUUUGGCAUCGGGUGAUAUUGAAAGUUUCGUGGCUGAAGUGUGUUUGGAUGCUCCAACAGAUGCCAAAGACCAAAGCAAUGUGGUUCGAACACUCGGCUGCCAUCGAAAACGAGGAAAUCAGUUUUGGCUGAUGUCCCAAGCUGGUGAAAUCCGUCGUGAGGAUCGUUGCUUCGAUUCUGGUGUACGACCGAAAAGUCUCGGUUUGUUUGACUGUCAUGGGCAAGGAGGGAAUCAGCACUUUACCUAUGGUGAAGACAACACUAUACGGAAUGCCGAUAGUUGUGUGGAGUAUGACGAUCGAGACAAACCGGUAUUACUCAAACCUUGUGAUGGAUCAAUGCGACAAAAAUGGAAAUUCGCACGAAAACCAUAUACCCCUUCCGCCUUCUCUCGUUCCUGA